UUCGCGUGCUCGAGUCACGCGUGUGUUUUCCAAACACGAAGUUGAACAUUUUUAACACAUUCUGUGUUUACAUUUUUCCUUAAUCUUUGCUUCAGCAGAAAUAAUUGAAUUUAAUUUGCAAAAAGAAAUUUAUUAUCGAGAUACUCGCACCUACGUAGGAAGAAAGUAACCGAUCGCUUUGUUGCAGUUUUGGUAUUUUCGACGAACGAACGUGUGGCGACAUUCUAACCACAUAAACAACCGGCCUCUCGACACCUUGGUGUUUAUUAAUAACAAAUUCUGUGCGCAACAAAAUAAUUUAUUCCCACGGUAAACUCCUUCGUGGUCGAUUGAGCAAACAAGGAAUAAAAUCUCUUCGUGUGUGAAAAAUUGAAGGCAUGGCUUAUCGAGUGCUUCGGAAAUUUCCCAGAAUGACCGUGAGUCGUUCUCAGGAGGUUACGCAGAAGUUCGAGUAUCUACUCGUGACGGACUUCGAAGCCACGUGCGACAAACCCGGCCAACUCAGGCCGCAAGAAAUCAUAGAAUUACCGUGCGUGGUGUUGUCCACCCGCGAUUGGAACGUGAAGGACACAUUUCACUCGUACAUUAAACCCAAGAUCCAUCCUACGCUCACACCGUUUUGCACAGACUUGACCGGAAUCAUGCAGGAGAUGGUGGACGAUCAGUCUUACUUUCCAGAUGUAUUUUCCGAGUUUUGUGAAUGGCUGACGAAAGGGAAGUACUUCGACGAGCCUGACAAGAGUUCGUUCGUUACGUGCGGCAACUGGGACUUGAAAAUAAUGUUACCGAGUCAGUGCGAAUUGACCGGCAUCACAUUGCCGACACAAUUCAAACAGUGGAUAGACUUGAAGUACACAUUUUGCGAAUCUACAGGAUAUUUUCCGUUCGGUUUGAAGGACAUGCUUAUGCGAUUGAAUCUUCCGUUUCGAGGACGUUUGCAUUCAGGCAUCGACGAUGCGAAAAACAUGGUUUCUGUAAUACAAGCUUUGAAAGAAAAGCACAAUACUCAAUUUCAAAUCACUUCGGCACUGACGAGAUCCACGAUAAACUUAAAGAAUUAAUACGGUAAAAUAAAAAAAAGGGAAAUGUAUAUGUGUUGUGU